GUGUGGUGUGUCAAACGGGUAUGAACGGGUACAAGAUCGCGCGAGUCGUCAGCCCACAAUAAUUCCCAAGCUCAUUAUUUUUUUUCAUUUCAAGUUAGUGAAUAAAGUAUCCCGGGAUUGCCAUUUUUAUCCAAAACUCCACUACACACCACUGCACUAUUAAACGACAAAUUCUCAUAAUUUAUCAGUGAAAGAUGUUCUUCUGGGACUGGUUUUCCGGAGUACUGGGCUAUUUGGGUCUAUGGAAAAAGGGCGGUAAGCUGCUGUUUCUUGGGCUGGACAAUGCUGGAAAGACGACACUACUCCACAUGCUCAAGGAUGAUCGGCUGGCUCAACACGUUCCCACCCUGCAUCCAACGUCCGAAGAACUUUCAAUUGGAAAUAUCCGCUUCACAACGUUCGAUCUCGGAGGCCACACGCAGGCACGUAGAGUAUGGAAGGAUUACUUUCCCGCAGUAGAUGCAAUUGUAUUUCUGGUAGAUGCAAGUGACACGACACGACUACCAGAGGCCAAGGUUGAGCUGAAUGCCCUCCUUACUGACGAGCAACUCAGCUCAUGUCCAGUACUUGUAUUAGGCAAUAAAAUUGACAAGCCUGGGGCCGCCUCUGAACAGGGCCUCAUGAAUCACUUCAAUCUAUACGGCCAAACGACUGGCAAGGGGAAAGUACCCAGAAGUGAUAUACCCGGUCGUCCCCUGGAGUUGUUUAUGUGCUCAGUGUUGAAGAGACAGGGAUACGGCGAAGGCUUCCGUUGGCUCGCCCAGUACAUUGACUGAACACGCACGUAAACCAAUCCAACCAUCCAAUUCUCCCCCUCAUUAAACCCGGGAAAAAACAAAAAACCAUCUGAUCACAAAGCAAUUGGUACCUUAUUGUUACGAUUUUUUUUUCAUCAGUGAAUUUAAUUCGCGCAUUGAUAUCAGACGUCAUUGUAUUUUAUUCGAAAUCAAUCUGAUGUUUUUGCUGGAAUGACUUGUCUUUUUAAUUGACUAAAUGAUUCGUCUCGAGAAAGAAUCAGAGAAGCCAGGAGAAAGCAAAGCGAGAGAUUUUUUCACCGACUUUGGAAGCUGCAAUGUUGAGACGAUUGAUAUGAAAAUCAAUGCAAAACCGUUUGGGAAAUAAACAGGAAAAAAACAUUUUGAUAAAUCAA